AAGGGUCCAAUUUCUUGAUUGAAACUGUCAUAUCUUUGUGUAAAAAAAUAUUUUUGUUCACACUUGCGUUUGCCUUUAGAAAUCCCAAUGAUAUGGAUAUAAAAAGAAAAAUAGCUACUGAUCGUAAAAAGGGUCGAAGUAGGAAAUGGGAACAAACAGGAAUGACAGGGAAUAAAGAUAAAUGGAAAGAUUUUACAGAUCUCGUUGAAGACAAUUCUCCGUGUAUUAAGGUAGAACCUGAUGAGCCUGAUGAACCGGAAUUAAUUAUUCCAGAUGAAUUGGAUGAAGUGAAUGCACUUAGCGAACUUACGAAGGAUUCAGGAAGAAAAGGAAAGAACCAAGGGAAGAAAAGGGCCGAUUCUUUGAGGCACAAGUGUACUGAAUGCAAUCGAAGCUAUGCCCACAAAUGCCAUCUGAACCGUCAUAUGAACUCCCAUUAUCCGAAAUAUUCAUGCAAGUUGUGCAACAAAACCUAUGUGAGGAGCUAUGACCACAAGACACACAUGAAGAUGCAUAAAAAUAGGGGAGCUAAGCCGUACAAAUGUGAGAAAUGUGAUAAAGGAUUCACGAGGAAGGAGAAUCUGAAGGUUCAUCUUCUUCUCCAUCAAUUUGGCAAGAGAUUUACUUGUUCUCUGUGCAAGAGAAAGUUUUCCACCAAGAUGAACCGGGAUGUUCAUAUGAAUACCCAUUCAGCAAAUCACAAAUCUCAGCGAAUCCUGGAGUGUGCUUAUUGUGGAAAGAUCUGUACAAAACUUCGAGGAAUGAUGUUUCAUAUGAAGGUUCAUAUGAAACACAAGCCUAAGAAUAAAAAGGAGAGUUAGAAUACCAAUCAAAACUAUAUUUUAUAAUUUAUUUUUGAAGUUUUUAUGAAAUAAAAAUUUGAGUGAAAUGA